AGUAAAAACUACUGUAGGCUUAAAACCAGUCUGUAUGCAAUAGUUUUAGAUAUUUUUAAUUCCUGCUACUGAUUCAAGUAAUAGUUGUACAAAAUGUAGAGCUUUUUUCUGAGAAAGUCCAGUAGAACUAAUCAAACCAAAUAAUGCACAACAACCGAUCCACUAGUGGGACAGUCGCACAUACGGCAAAGCAUGAGCUUUCACAAGAGUGCUCACUAAAUAUUCACUUAAGAUUGCACUACAUGUAUAUACAGCUAUUUGCUACACCUUAAUAAGCUGUGACGCCGAUUUUUUGCGUUAUGCUGAUAAUAAUAAAUAACAACUAACAAGCAAUUUACAAGCGUAUAUUUAUGCAUAGCUGUUUAGUUAGUUUUCAAACGCGGUGAUGUUAAGUUUGCUUUUUAUACUUUCCAAAUAGUAUAUACCGGUAGUUGGCUUGGUGUUUUGAUAAUAUAAUUAUAAAAUAAAAUAAGUUCAUUACAAAGCGUUCUUCUUCUUACUAAAAUGUUAUCUCGUUGUUUAAUACAAUAUAAUGAAGCUUUUGGACAUUCGUUGGGUGCAACAUUUUUGAGAAAAUAUGCGACAGCAUUACCACAACAGCAGUUCAGUGAUACAGUAUCGACAACGACUAACUUGGAAAAUGCGCGCCCAUUUAAAGAGUUACCCGGACCAAGUAAAUAUGAAAUUGUUCGUGGAUUUAUGUUGGGAGGGGAGUUUUACAAAAAAACUUUUACGGAGGCAGUAGCACAACUCUCAGAAAAAUAUGGAAGACUGUUUCAUUUCCCCGCUUUAUUUGGCAAACCCGAAAUGGUACUUGCACUCAAUCCAGCCGACUAUCCUAUAAUAUUUCGCAAUGAGGGUGUAUGGCCCGAUCGACGCCCACUCGACUCGUUUGCAUAUCAUCGGCAAGUGCAUCGGGGCGAUAUUUUUCAAGGCAUAAACGGACUUAUCACGACAUCUGGCGAAGUUUGGGCGAAAAUGCGCACUGCGGUUAACCCAGUUUUAAUGCAACCUAGGAAUGCGCGAUUAUAUCUAAACACAAUACUUGAGAUCAAUGAUGAAUUUUUAGAAAGAAUCCGCCACAUACGCGAUCCAAUAACAAACGAAAUGCCCGAUGAUUUUCAUGACGAUCUUAAUCGUCUAACACUUGAAGGCAUCGUCGGUGUGGCAUUAAACACCCGUUUGGGUAUGAUACAUAAGAAUCGAGAUUCUCCAGAAUGUAAACAACUGUUGCAAUCCAUUCGGGACUUUUUUGACCUCUCGGAAGAUUUAGAAGUGAAACCAUCAAUUUGGAAAAUUGUAAAAACACCGAAAUUCUACAAAUUAAUGAAAACUUUGGACUUACUCGCAGAUUUGUGCAACAAAUAUAUAGAUGAGGCGCUAAAACAAAUUGAGAUGGACAGUGAUGGUAAAUUUACCUCUGAGGUGGGCAAAGAAAAGAGUGUUUUAGAGAAGCUUUUGCGUAUUGAUCGUCGCAUUGCCGCUGUUAUGGCCCUAGAUAUGAUGAUGGCUGGUGUUGAUACAACAAGUUCCACCUUAACCGGCAUAUUAUUUUGCAUAGCCAAAAAUCCGGACAAACAACGGAAAUUGUUCGAGGAACUGAAGAAAAUUUUGCCAAAUAAAGAAUCACGUUUGACUAUAGAGAAUAUGCAAAAUCUUCCCUAUCUGCGCGCCUGCAUUAAGGAAGGUAUGCGCUAUUACCCCAUAAUUUUGGGUACAUUGCGUAGCUUACCCCAUGAUGUCGUAUUGAGCGGUUAUCGUAUUCCUGCUGGUAUCGAUAUCAUGGUCAGCUCGAACUUAUUAUUGCGUAAUGAAGAAUUCGUAAAGGAGCCAAAUAAAUUCAUACCGGAACGUUGGUUGCGCAAUGACACCGAAGGUAAGAAAUAUCACAUCGACAACCCGUUCGUGUUUCUACCUUUCGGUUUUGGUCCACGUAGCUGUGUGGGCAAGCGUAUUGUAGACUUGGAAUUAGAGAUCACUUUGGCGCGUUUGAUGCGUAAUUUUGUGAUUGAAUUUAAUUAUUCAACAGAAAAUGCUUUCAUACCGAAACUGGUAAGCAUGCCAGGUAUUCCAUUGAAAUUUAAAUUCGAGGAGAGGAACGAGUGAAGAUUUAUAUAUUUUAUAUUUAAACGUGACGCAAAUAUUUAUAUAAAUAGAUACAUAUGUAUGAAGAUUAGUUAUGGUAAUAAGUUAUAACCAAAUAUAUAAGUUGAAUUCAAAUAUAGGAAGUUGUGUGGAUUCCUAAUAAUAGAGCAUGUAAAAACAUAUUUCUUUCAAUUUUUUUUCUCUUUAAACAUUUUGGAAUUUAGUUAAUGUUAAAGGGUUACAAUCCGUAAUACGUAACGUAAUCAGUAGUAGUCUGUAAAUUGUUUGGAAUCAGAUUUUGCACUAAUAAAAAAAAUACUGUCGCGUGAUGAGCUAAGUCGAUUUAGA